AGCCGAUAACAGUCAGUAUUCUUAUAAAAUACAAUAAUUAACGAGAACAAUCUGACCCUAUUCCUAUCAGGUUAAUUAAUAAUUGUGUUGAUUCAUUAAUUGUACAAAUGCAAAGUGAGCCCAAGCAGCCAGGCUGUGUUAAUCCCAUGGUUAAUCCUCAUUAGGGGGGGCUUUUUCUAUUUAGUUAAGAAGUCCCGGAUCCCUCUGCAGACCCACUACUCUGAUUGGAUCUGACUGGAUCAUGUGACGCUGUUUCUUAACCUGAAGGAGGAGCUCUGCCUGUUUCACAACAAAGCCGCAGAUAGCAAGUUUCAUAACGAUGACAGCGGAAAACACAUUUAUGUAAUGAAGUUAAAACUCACACAGCUGAAUAACUGCUAAGGAAGCUAAUUCAAGGUUCAUUUGAUUCAGUUCGAGCACCAAUCAGCGUGCAGGAUAGAAACCCAAAGCAGAGUGUGCUGGAAAAACAUGAACAUCCACACAAAUGAGAAGCUAGGACUGAUUUGAGUGAUCAGCACGUGGCCUCAGGAAUCGACUCAAUCCAGAUUGUAGAAGAUGGCAGAGAAUCCAAAAGGCGGCUCUGGAGACUUUGCUAAGAAAGUCCAGCGUCGGCUGAGUCGAGGCAAAGAGAAGGUGCUGCAGAGACUGGGGAAGACGACGGAGAGCCGGGACGAGCAGUUUGAGUACUUCCUGCUGCAGUUCAAUGAUCAGCAGACGGACGGGAACCGGAUCUACAAAGACCUGAGGAACUACAUCAACUCCGUCAGAGACAUGCGAGAGGCUUCGCGGCGUGUCUCCCAGUCUCUGUUCGACUCGUACGAGGCGGACUGGGCCGGAGAGGAAGACCUGGCAGGCAUCACGGAGGGAGAGGACCUGCUGUGGAACGACUUCGAGGUGAAGCUGCUGGACCAGGCCGUCCGCACCAUGGAGUCCUACGUGGGACAAUUCCCAGAUAUCAGGGAGAAGGUGGCGAAGCGCGGCAGGAAGCUGGUGGACUACGACUCCACCCUGCACCACCUGGAGGCUCUGCAGAGCGCCAAGAAGAGGGACGACGUGAAGAUCAUCAAGGCCGAAGAGGAGAUGCAUGAAGCCAGGAGUGUUUAUGAGAGCAUCAACUCCGAGCUGAAGGACGAGCUGCCGGUGAUCUUCGACAGCCGCGUCGGGUGCUUCGUGUCGGCCUUCUCUGCUGUUUCACAUUUAAGGAACACCUUCUUCAAGGAGAUGAGCACGCUGAACCUGGAUCUGCAGAGCGUGAUCAAGGAGCUGCAGGCUCAGCAUCCGGAGAAAGUGUUCGCAGUGAAGGGUCUGCAGAGGUACGGGUCCCUGAAGAGACGGACCCUCACCUCCCCUAAAGCCUGGAAGUCCAGUUUCUCUGAGUUCCAUAAGAGCUACAGCCCCAAGCCGUCCCGCUUCAGCUUCAGGUCUCCGGACAAACCGCGGCACAGCACCCUGUCCCGAGAGAGCAGCACCUCCCUGCCCACCUCCCCCCAACCCUCCUCCUACAACUCCUCCCCCCACUUCCCCCCCCAGGAGGACCUGCAGGAGGACCUGGACGCUGCAUCCAAUCACAACGAGAGCAUCAGUCCUCCAGCAGAGGAGGUCCAGCAGGAGGAGGGGAAGCCAGAGGAGACUCCUGCAGAGCCUCAGGAGGAGAAAGAGGGGAAGAAAGAGCGGGAGAAGGAGGAGGCGAAGGACAGCAGCUCUGAGGGAAACCCUUCCUGUGAUUCUGAGAGUCUGGAGCUGCAGCUGAGUGCCGCCGAGGAGACGCUGCACAUCCAGGAGGAAGAGGAGGAGGAGAAAGGAGGAGGUGGAGGAAGAGGAGGAGGAGGAGGGGGUCUGAAGGAGAACAGGCUGCAGAAUGGAGACGGAGUCGGGGUCAUCUCUGAUGGACAGGAGGUCAGAAACAAGGUGGCAGAGAAACCAGCGUCUCCGGACUCAAAGAGCACAGACGUCUAAAGAGAUUAG